AUGGCAGCAGACGGAGACUACACGUUUAAGGAAUUAGGAAAGACGUCAAGAUUCGUCCUGCACUCGUAUCAAGUCCUCGACCUUUGGAGACAUGAACAUCCCGGCAAGGAAAUAUCAUGGAAAGACUACAUGGCAUGGGUGUUGUCUUCACAUUUCUCCGCACAGACGACCCCACGGCCCAUUCAAGUACUGCUUCAGUCUUUGUUUGGAAACGUCCUGCUCUAUACUCAUACGAAAGAGUCAUGUACGGACAUGCUGGAUUCGCGAUCUAAUGCGAGAUCGUUUCGCGUGUUUAAGAGCACGUUUGCGACAAGAGGAACGGAUGGACGUGUUCGUGCUCUUAUCGAGCAUGUCCUGACUUCACACCUUCCUAUGAGAUUUAUGGCGUUGAUCUGCUCUUCAUUCACGUUCAUCGGAGAGAGCAAGACUCGUCGCAAGUCAAGUCCUUUCCCGACUACUGAAGCAACCCCCUUUCAACAGCUGCUACACGUCUCAGCCGUGGUCAAGCUCAUGGCAAUUGUCAAUAACAGCAGGCCGAGUAAACGACGACGUCUGGACGCAACGCCGGAUGAGGCUGUCAAAGUUCUCUCUGUACAAGGUCUAACCGAUUUGCGUGACCCACUUCCGCAGAAGAUUGGCUACAUCAUCGAGACUGUUGUCGGUGCUUGGAAUUGCUUUGCAGAGUACCUCGGAUUUCAAAGCUUGGAAAGGAUGAGUGCACCCUACUUGAGAUUGGUAUCUCCCUUGGCGCAGUUUGAAGUGAUUCCAACCCGAGAAGAAGGGUUUGCACCACUGUCUACGCUGGUCAAGUUUGUUGAAGACAUGCCGGCAACAAACGAUCGAACGAAGACCUUUACCGAUGCCUUCGAUCGGCCUGCAAUCGUUGACAGCAACCUUUGCAAGUUUUUGGGAGACUUUUUUCAAGAUUUGGAACGCGCGUUAUUGUCAAGUGAUCUCUACUCUGCUAAAGAAGUCAAGGAAAUGUUCUUUCUGACCAAGUACGUUCGACGCAGGGGCAUCCUGCCCCCGAGAUUCCGAUCCUACUGUGCGGCAUUGGUGAGACAGGUCAAAACCUAUACGAGUGAAAUCGCUUCCUCAGCGGCUCUUCCCGGUGAUCCUUUUCCUCCUCCUUCGCCAGGUGCAACGACGAAUCUGGCUUCUGCUUCUAGUCAGGUCGUAUGUGCACGGCACGUUCUUCAAGUGGUGGGGGAGGCUGAAUCCACUUCAACUGCGUCGGAUGAAGCCUCUCUGGAAGCUUUGAAUGAGGGAGAGGACGUGCACAACGAGCGGAUCGUUUUCUCUGAGAUGAGGAAAGCAGCCGUGAGGAUGUACAACUGCGACUUUGAAUCUUUCAUUGAAGCGUACGAUGCCCUGACCGAAGACGAAGAGCUGCAUGGAAAAGUUCAGCUUGUUCUGACGGACCCCCCCUUCAAUGUCCGAAGGGACAGGGGCCGCAGCCAUGCUGAUUACGAUGAAAUCCGGAAAGAACAGUAUGAGUCUUUCGUUAACUGCGUCGACAAGAUGCUUCGUCCAGGAGGGCAUGCGCUGAUAUUCUGCUCCGCUCAGCAAUUCACUAUAUGGAGAGAAGCAUUCACCGCCCAUCCUACGACGUCUAGAGACUCAUCAUCAUCGUCUCAAGCAAGCCAGCCCACAUUUUGGGUUGCGUCCACUCCGCUGUACUGCAUAUACCAUCCAUCUGUAUGCAAUGGGUUCCCUGGACGCGCGACGUUUGCGCUGUCCAACAUGGCGGAAGUGGUCAUUCAUGUGAUGAAGAAGGGUCCACAGUUCAAGGAAGGGAGGCUCAUGGUGAACUACAAGUGUUUCAACUACGUUCCUUCCGAGUACCCUGCGACUCGCAAUGUCAUUAACAAUGUCAUGGGCCUCGUUCCGGGAGAACGGCACAUGGUCAAGGUCGGAGAUACCUCUCGCAUGCUAAGGCCAGAGCAGAAAUGCGUGUCCCUUUUGAAAGAGCUCAUCUGUCGUUUCUCCCAGGCAGGAGACAUUGUUGUGGACCCGUUUGCCGGAACAUUUUCAACGGCUAUCGCAUGUUUCAAUCUGGACAAGGAUAAUGGAGCAAGGAGAUUUAUUGGUUGCAAAAAAGAAGCUGUGUGCUUCGAGCACGCCAAGAAGAAAGUCAUUGAGAGCUACGCGGGGGCUAUUGUGAACAAGCUGGUGGACAACAAGCCAUACGGAGAAGGGCUUAUGGGAGUGGACCGCGAACGCUUCAUGACCUAUGCCAUGCUGGUGCCAACGCAGGGACGAGUUUUUCAGAAUGUGACGGACCUUAUCGAUGGACAAAAGGCCAUUUCAAUCGUCCCUUCCAGAUUUUGCAUCGGGGCUUUCAUCAACGACCACCGCUAUCACCCAGAUGAUAAGGAUCACAAAGAUUUUGUUGACGGUCGUCUCGCCAAUCCGAGAAACGUCAACGUUGCAUAUGAUCUGUCGGUGUCAAAAGUGACCUCGACGUCUGCGUUGCAGAAACACACGCUGAUGCGCGUCAAGGCAUUGAGGCUUAUCAAUCCUGGAGAGGAACUGUUCGCCGACUACAUUAGAGAUAUCUUCAUAGAGUAG